UCAUAAGAAACAUGGCAGCCACAAUGGCCAGGAACGUCCCUGGCUUGAUGAGGCCGUUGACUCUGUUUGCCAGGGGGCAGCAGAUAUGUCGGUUCUCCACCAUAAUCCAUCGUCAAACCGUCCAGAGGUCUCUGCUCACUACUCCUACAUGGGCUUCUCUGUCCGCCAAAGCCUUCCAGACACCCAAACCGAGCAUCCUGCAACGGGUUGCGCCUCUCAUUCCCAGCCUGGUCCAGCAGCCAAUCAGAAACCUCACGUAUAUCAGCCUGAAAAAGGGGAAGAGGAAGUCUGUGAAGUCAGUGGUGAAGAGGUUCAUGCGGCUGCACUGUGGCCUUUGGAUUAGACGCAAGGCUGGAUACAAGAAAAAACUGUGGAAGAAGUUGCCUGCCAGAAAGAAGCGUUUAAGGGAGCAUGUGUUUUGUAACAAAACACAGAUUAAGCUCUUGGACAAAAUGACCACUAAAUUCUGGAAGAGGAGGAACUGGUUUGUCAAUGAUCCCUACAAGAAAUAUCAUGAACGUGUCAACCUAAAAGUCUAAUGGCUUGAAAUGGCCUUCCCACCCUGAGACGUAUGUAAUUUGCAAUUGAUUAAUCAAAUUUCAUUGUACACAGAUGAGAUCAAGAACAUUGUUCACAGCAUCAUUUUGGUCAACGUAGAGUGAAACGCAGAUUUGGGCAAAUUUGCAAUUGAUAAAUCAAAUGGAAAUAUCACUGUCUUUUCAAAGUCGUUGAAUAAAUUAUCGCAAAUGCUU